AUGGCGGGCCGGAGUAUGCAAGCUGCAAGAUGUCCUACAGAUGAAUUAUCUUUAACUAACUGUGCAGUUGUGAAUGAAAAGGAUUUCCAGUCUGGCCAGCAUGUACUUGUGAGGACCUCCCCCAACCACAGGUAUACAUUUACACUGAGGACCCACCCAUCUGUGGUUCCAGGGAGCAUUGCAUUCAGCUUACCUCAGCGAAAAUGGGCUGGACUUUCUAUUGGGCAAGAAAUAGAAGUGUCCUUAUAUACCUUUGACAAAGCCAAGCAGUGUAUUGGCACAAUGACCAUCGAGAUUGAUUUCCUGCAGAAAAAAAGUAUCGACUCCAACCCAUAUGAUACUGACAAGAUGGCCGCAGAAUUUAUUCAGCAGUUCAACAACCAGGCAUUCUCAGUGGGUCAACAGCUUGUGUUUAGCUUCAAUGAAAAGCUUUUUGGCUUACUGGUCAAAGACAUUGAAGCCAUGGAUCCUAGUAUCCUCAAGGGAGAGCCUGCAACUGGUAAAAGACAGAAGAUUGAAAUAGGGCUGGUUGUUGGAAACAGCCAGGUUGCAUUUGAAAAAGCAGAAAAUUCAUCACUCAAUCUUAUUGGCAAAGCUAAAACCAAGGAAAAUCGCCAAUCUAUCAUCAAUCCUGACUGGAACUUUGAAAAAAUGGGAAUAGGAGGUCUGGACAAGGAGUUUUCAGAUAUUUUUCGACGAGCAUUUGCUUCCAGAGUAUUUCCUCCAGAGAUUGUGGAGCAAAUGGGCUGCAAACAUGUUAAAGGCAUCCUGUUAUAUGGGCCUCCAGGUUGCGGUAAGACACUGUUGGCUCGACAGAUUGGCAAGAUGUUGAAUGCAAGAGAGCCUAAAGUGGUCAACGGGCCGGAAAUUCUCAACAAAUAUGUGGGAGAGUCAGAGGCUAACAUUCGUAAACUCUUUGCUGAUGCUGAAGAGGAGCAAAGGAGGCUUGGUGCUAACAGUGGUUUGCACAUCAUCAUCUUUGAUGAAAUUGAUGCCAUCUGCAAGCAGAGAGGGAGCAUGGCUGGCAGCACAGGGGUUCAUGACACUGUUGUCAACCAGCUGCUGUCCAAGAUUGAUGGCGUAGAGCAACUGAACAACAUCUUAGUCAUUGGAAUGACCAACAGACCAGAUCUGAUCGAUGAGGCUCUCCUUCGACCUGGAAGACUGGAAGUUAAAAUGGAGAUAGGCUUACCAGAUGAGAAGGGCCGAUUGCAGAUCCUUCACAUCCACACAGCAAGGAUGAGAGGGCAUCAGUUACUCUCUGCUGACGUAGACAUUAAAGAACUGGCCGUAGAGACCAAGAACUUCAGCGGCGCUGAACUGGAGGGUCUGGUGCGAGCAGCACAGUCCACUGCUAUGAACAGACACAUAAAGGCCAGUACUAAAGUGGAAGUGGACAUGGAGAAAGCAGAGAGCCUGCAGGUGACAAGAGGAGACUUCCUCGCUUCUUUGGAGAAUGAUAUCAAACCAGCGUUUGGCACAAACCAAGAGGAUUAUGCAAGUUACAUUAUGAAUGGUAUCAUCAAAUGGGGUGAUCCAGUUACUCGAGUUCUAGAAGAUGGGGAACUUCUGGUUCAACAGACUAAAAACAGUGACCGCACACCAUUGGUCAGCGUCCUCUUGGAAGGCCCUCCUCACAGUGGGAAGACAGCUUUAGCUGCUAGGAUUGCAGAGGAAUCCAACUUCCCCUUCAUCAAGAUCUGUUCUCCUGAUAAGAUGAUUGGCUUUUCUGAGACAGCCAAGUGUCAGGCCAUGAAGAAGAUCUUUGAUGAUGCAUAUAAAUCCCAGCUCAGUUGUGUGGUUGUGGAUGACAUUGAGAGACUGCUUGAUUAUGUCCCUAUUGGCCCUCGAUUUUCUAAUCUGGUACUACAGGCUCUUCUUGUGUUACUGAAAAAGGCGCCUCCGCAGGGUCGCAAGCUUCUUAUCAUCGGGACCACGAGCCGCAAAGAUGUGCUUCAGGAGAUGGAAAUGCUUAAUGCCUUCAGCACCACCAUCCAUGUGCCCAACAUCGCCACAGGGGAGCAGCUGCUGGAGGCUCUGGAGCUAUUGGGCAACUUCAAGGAUGAAGAACGCACCACAAUUACACAGCAAGUCAAAGGGAAGAAGGUCUGGAUAGGAAUCAAGAAGUUACUAAUGUUGAUUGAGAUGUCCCUACAGAUGGAUCCUGAAUACCGUGUGAGAAAAUUCUUGGCCCUCUUAAGAGAAGAAGGAGCUAGCCCCCUCGACUAUGACCAUGAAAUAUUUUCAAAUGCAAAGUGA